AUGGCAACCAUCGAAGCCCGGGACCUCAGAGAAAGAAUCGGGCGCUUUCGAGUUCUGAUCAUGGGGAGAGCAAACGCAGGCAAAACGACCAUCCUUCAGAAGGUCUGCAACACCACGGAUCAACCAGAAAUUUACGAUACCCAAGGAAACAAGAUUGAUACUACCAUCGUGGAAUCCUCGAUCAGGCGUGGAAAUCACGAUAUCACGGACGAAAUGGUGUUCAAAAGUAAUCCCGGUUUCGUAUUUCACGACUCGUGCGGUUUCGAAGCGGGAUCUGAGGAAGAAUUCGAGACUAUGAAGAACUUUAUCUCAAAACGCGCACAUGCGACAAAAUUGGAGGAGCGAAUUCACGCUAUCUGGUAUUGUAUUCCGAUGGACGAACAUUGUCGAACAUUCCAGCGGUCAGAAGAGAAGUUCUUCCAGGAGUGCGAUACCGGGCACGUUCCUGUGGUCGCGGUGUUCACCAAAUUCGAAGCUCUGCGUCCCGUCGCAUAUGGAGAAAUCAAGAAGCAACUAAAAGGAGUAUCAGGAGAAGAACGCUCAAAGAGGAUUGCCGAGCGCGUCGAGGAACUUUUCACUAAGACACGAAUCUUGGAUCAGUUGGGCAACCCCGAAAAUCGUGCGCGUCCCAAGUCCUAUGUACGCAUGCAGGAAAUGAACAAAACGGAUACAAACUGCAACACUCUACUGGAACACACCACUUUCGCACUAGACAACGAAGAAUUGCGGUUGUGCUUGGUGUCGACACAAAAAUCAAACAUGGAGCUUUGCAUCAAGUGUGCCAUCGCAACACUCGUUGAUUGUGCGCAUAAGCAAAUCGAUUAUGGAGACUAUCAGCAUGACAUUGCUAAGUGGUUUCCACAUCUCAAAGUAAGACGAAGAUUGAUUCAAUCUGACGAUCCCUGGUAAUGGUUCUCAUCCAUGGUGAAUAUCGAAGCGCUAAAACUGUAGAAAUUCUGAUAUGUUUUCCUUGAUUGUAGUUGUUUAUUGAUAACAGCUGCAGUAUGUAAGUACCUCGAUGGUUUCUAGUCCUCGACCCAUGUUCAUGAUCGCGA